AUGAUCGUAACCCAAAACGGAGAGGCAAACGAACUCAUUGAACCUCUAAAAUCAGCGGCCAACUCGUCUCUUGAACCUCUAAAGUCAGCAGCCAACUUGUCUCUUGAACUUCUAAAGUCAGCAGCCAACUCGUCUCUUGAACCUCUAAUGUCAGCAGCCAACUCGUCUCCUGAACCUCUAAUGUCAGCAGCCAACUCGUCUCUUGAACCUGUAAAGUCAGCGGCCAACUCGUCUCUUGAACCUAUAAAGUCAGCGUCCAAAUUGUCUCUUGAACCUGUAAAGUCAACUGCCAAAUCGUCUCUUGAACCUGUAAAGUCAGCGGUCAACUCAUCACGUGACGAUGAAAUAAAAGCAACCUACGAUGCAAAUUCUUUAGAGACAGCCAAUGAAAUAUCAAAGAAUCAGUAUCAAAAUGCAAGUGAAAAGUUUGAAAUUGUGGACGUGAUUGAUUUCAAAUUCAAUACUUGUGACGAAAUCGCCUCAGUUACGCACUUCACAUCAAAUGGCGGCAAUGAGACCGUCACUGAUCCAGCAAACCUACAGUCUGGUCUAAGAAAUCAUGUCGAUAAAACUGCAGCUAUUAAAGAAAAAAGUUCAGAAAACCUAAUAAUGUCGCAUGACCUUGAAGAAAUCGGCAGCGCUUCAAAUUUUCCUUUACCUUUUAUUGACAACUUGGACGAUUUUUCAGCGCUGAGACGCAAAGAAAUCAACGGUCGCUGUAGUUUGAGCAGCAGGUUAAGAACUGCUUAUUUAACGCAAGAUCGACCGGUAGUUGAAGACCGUCUCUCCGACUGUGAGUGUGUCGCAAGGUUCGUGGUGGACUUCAUGACAGCGCAUGAAUGGGACUCCAUCGUCAUCGUGACGCAUGAGCUAGAACAAGGCGUCCUGAGCCCCGACUGUCUGCGAGGCCCCCGCGGCGGGCUGUUGCGGCUGCUGUGGGGGCGCGGGUGGCGGGCAACCCUGGUGAGCAGCGACCGGGUGCUGACGCAGCUCUACCCGCCUGACGUCAGCGGCCGCCGCAACUUUCUGCUCGCUGACACCAACGCCUCCCGACACCUCAUGCAGGAGGCCAGCGCCCAGAACGCUCUGAGCUACACCUCCUGGGCUGUGAUUGCAGAGCCCAGCUCAGUGCUGGACUUGGCCCAGUUUGCUGGGGGGCUGGAGGCCUACAUCCCCUCCGAGAUUUACUUACUGGGCUACAAUCACUGCUCCGUGCAUGUGCUGAGCGCCUACAGGAUCGGGCCUCGGGUGUCCGAGGUCCAGGUUGAGGAAGGAGGAACGUGGACCGCCGGAGAAGGGUUCAUGAAAUAUAAAUUCAUUGAAGAUAAAAUUGAACGGCGGCAAGAUUUCAAGGGAUAUCCAAUAAUUGGUGUCGGAGUUAGGGUUUUUGAUUUCUUCACGACUUAUUUACCUGACGGGGGAGUGUCGGGGUUCGUGGGUGACAUCGUUACCACGCUGAAGAACACCCACAACUUCUCUUUGUCGCUGAGCAUCCUGAAGGGGUACUCAUACGGCAAGCCCAUCGACGGCGCCAACAACUGGGACGGCAUGGUGGGGGAGCUGCAGAACAUGCUUGUGUUCACGGCCUACACCGCGACUCUGACAAGCUAUCUGGCGGUGGUGUUCCCUGCCACGCUUCCUUUCAGCAACCUCUUCGAACUCUCCAAGCACUCCGAGUGGGGCGCUGGUUGCGUUAAGGAUGACCUAUUCCAAGUCACAGCUUCAAAAACCUGCGCUGCAGAGCCGCGCAGCGACGAAUGCCAAACUUUGUAUGAUGUUUGGAAUAAAAAUGUGAUGAAAGAAUCGAGUAACCUCGUGGCGACCUACACAGAAGGACUACUCAAAGCAAUCGAAGGUCAGUACGUGUUCAUCGGUGUGGGGGUGACCACGCAGUACUACAUGCGGCAGCUGCCAGCGUACCAGGCCUGCAAGAUCAAGGAGCUAUCCGGCAUGUACAUCCAAGGCGGCAUCGCCAUUGGGCUGCAAUACGACUCGCCCUUCCAGCCCUCCUUUGACCUGAGCUUGCAGAAAUUUCGUGAGCUCGGCCUGAUGCAUAAGUUCGUCAAGAAGUGGAUGUCAGUGGACGUGUUCUGUGAAGAUGAUAGCAUCGUCGCUGGGGACCUCAUCGACGUGUCGAGCCUCUUCGUCUUGCUUCUUUUUGGCCUCGGCCUCAGCAUCAUCAUCUUUGUAGUGGAGAUCAUGAAACGUAAAUCUCAUCGGCGCCGGCAAAACAAAAAACUGAUUGAAGGAAAUCGGCUGAUCCAGCCACAUGUAAUGAGUAGUGAACACUGGCAUAAAUCUAGCAUCACGUCUCAAGGAACCUGACUCCCCCAGCCUCAUGUAACAAGUGACGAACACUGGCAUAAAUCUAGCAUCAUGUCUCAAGGAGCCUGACUCCCCCAGCCUCAUGUAACUAGUGACAAACACGGGCAUAAAUCUGGCAUCACGUCUCAAGGAACCUGACUCCCCCAGCCACAUGUAACAAGUGACAAACACUGGCAUAAAUCUAGCAUCACGUCUCAAGGAACCUGACUCUCCCAGCCUCAUGUAACAAGUGACAAACACUGGCAUAAAUCUAGCAUAACGUCUCAAGGAACCUGACUCCCCCAGCCUCAUGUAACAAGUGGCGAACACUGGCAUAAAUCUAGCAUCACGUCUCAAGGAACCUGACUUCCCCAGCCGCAUGUAACAAGUG